AGUGAUUUAUUUCAAUAUUCAAUACCAUCACCAUCCGAUAGCAGUUCUACAUCAUCGUCAACACCUUGGAUAUUAAUAUUGUUCGCCGGUACUACACAAAAUAAUAAAUGGGCAGAAAUGACUCGUAUACCUCUUGAUUUUCUGAAUUUUUCAUCGUUUAUUGAACAAGAUAUAACAUGUCGAUUUGGAUGUGACAGUUUAAGUACAAUUAAUUUACAUCUGACGCCAAUAACCACAAUAAAAAUAUUUAAAACUUCUAUCGAAGACGGUCGAAAAACGAUAAUUGAAUCAGAAAAUACAGUCGAACAAAAGCUAACAGCUAAAAGUGAAGAUUCAUUUAUUAAAUUAAAAACAGAAUAUCAACAUCUUCGUCCAUCGGAUAGAAAGAUAAAACUUGUCAAUUGGCUAAUGGAUCUCAAAAAUAAAUGUCGUGAAAUCGAAAAUAUAAGUCCACAAGAAUGUACAAUACCAUCCGAACCCAAUUACAAAGUUAUAUGUCCGCAGGAAAUCAGCAAUGACGUACCCGAAAUUCAAAUGCAAAUCGAUAAGCAAGCAUUGAAUGUAUCAUCAGCCCCUACGCAUCAUUUUCUCAUGACUCAACUAACAUCUGAAUAUGAACAAUUAAAUAGAACAAUUCUGGAAACUAUCAACAUAUUGAAUAAUAAUCUUGAUGAUAAUCAACUCAAUCGAAUUCAAAAUGGUAUAGUUCGACGAUUUGAUUCAGCUGAUACAUUGAAAAAAGAAAUGAAAAUCUUCCAAGAAACAUUUCGUUUCGAAAAAUUAGCAACAACUCUUGCCAAACUACAUGAUACAUCGAUUGAUGUACAAAAGGUUCUACGAUCGACUUCUCAUUUUCAACAAACGCUUCCUAGACCAAUCGAACAUGGAUCGCCCGUCGAAUUUGAAGAACAAUUAGAUAAAUGUCGAAUAAUUAUCAAUGAAACAAUUACUCUCAUUCAUGAACGAAAUAAACAAAUGAGUUCAGUAAUACAACAACAAUCGCGUAUAAUUAAUCCACAUAACAUCAAGAAAGUUGUUAAUGUUAACUCAUUUCUACAAUCGACUUAUUCACCAUCGACUAGUAAAAUAAUUAUUACUAAACAGAAUGGUGAAUAUUUUGCAUCACUUUCAUCAAUUGUCAUACGAAUGGAACAAAUUAUUCAGAACUGGUCUUAUAGACAAUUAAGAAUGAAAGCCAUUGAAAUUGUUAAUAAUAGUGAUGACGAAAUUGAUUUCGAAUUUUUAUCAAGUUCAACAGAACGUUCUUUAUCUGUAUUUAUUAUUGAUAAUUCUUCAAAUGUUGUUGCUCUGCAUGACUCAAAUAGUAUCAAAAUUACACCAAAUGUUCAAGCUAAUGAAGGUGAAUAUCAAGAAAAAUGGGAAUUAAAAUUAGCAAAUAAUCGUUUGAGCAUACCGAUGAAAAUUUGUUGUAAAAUAGAGCCAUUUUCUAUUGUCAUCGAUCUACCAGUGAUGGCAACAACAACUGACGAUCGACAAUCGAAUCAAAUAAAAACUUAUUUCGUUGAUUUUGGAGUAGCUCUUGCAUAUCAGGCACAUCAACAAUGUAAAUUUACUAUUAAAAAUCCAAUGUCUCUCGAUCUUUGUGUUAAAUUACGUCGAAAAAAUGGUGCAACUGGUAUAUUUCAAAUUGACAAUAAGCAUUCGAAUUUUUUGCUCUUUGCAGAUGAAUCAAAAGAAAUAGCAAUCGAUUGGAUUGUUCAAGAUAUUGUUCAAGAUUCGAAAUGUAUUUAUGACAUUUAUUUUAGUAAAGAUUUUAAAUAUCAGAUUUUAUGUUUGGGUAAAAUACGCAAGAUCUCAUAUGAUCUUCUUUAUAAAUCUCAUCGUCUAACUGGAAAACAAUUUCGUGAAGAAUUACAGCCAUGUCUUCCCGGUACGAUACUUUAUGAAGAAUUAAUAAUAAAGAAUACGGGUGAAGUUAAAAUGACAAUGGAAUCAAAAGUUGAAAAUUCAUCAACAGCAGUUGUUACUAUUCUAUCACAUGAACAGGCUCUACUGGAAACGAAUACAUCUGUGACAUUAAAAAUUGACUUACAAGUCAACAAUGCACAUCGAUCAAUCGAAAAUCUUAUCAAUUUAUAUUUUCCUCAUGCUACUCAACAACCACAUUUCAAAUUAAUACUAAAUACAACGGCUAGUUGGCCAGAAUUAGAUAGAGAUCUUCUAAAUCGAUUUAAGGAGGUGGAAGUUGAAGAAAAAGCAGACGAAAAACAAGGUCAAAUUGUUCUUUUGAAUAAAAGUCCAGUUGAAAUGUUGAUCGAUGAUUUACAUUCAUCAUCAUCACAUGUCAUAGUUGAUACUCUCACAUCGUUUCCAUGUACAAUUUUACCCCGACAAAAAACUGAAUUUAAUUUUAUUUACAAAGUUCAAACGAAAUUAGCCACAUUCGAUUCUCCAAUAAUUUCAUUUGACCAAGAUAUUCUUCAUUGUGGUACAACAACACAAGGUUCAAAAAUUGAACCAUUUAAAAUUCUAAUAAAAAAUGACGGCCAUUAUCGUGCUCAAUUGGAAUACGAAGUAAAAGAAAAUCCGAUAUUUUCGUUUAAAAUUAACAGUAAUUCAGCUAGUAUAGCAAUAGCUCCGCUUCAAUCGCGAUCAGUUACAUGUAUUGUUGAAAUUCAAAGAAAAGCUCCUCUAGGAAAUUUUCGAAUUGAUGUACCACUAUCAAUUUGUUCAUCAAAAAAAAUAUCCAAAAAAUAUGAAUUAAUUGUUACAGGUCGAGUGGAAAUGAAAGAAAAAGAGAAAAUAGAACCAAUUGAUCUUCCGUUAUCAUGGAAACAUAUGUCACAAUCAGAAACCUAUAAACGACUGAUGAGUCUAUUAGAAGAUAAUUCAAAUCUACAUCGACAAAGAGCCAUAACUGCUGUUGCUCUUAUAAUUAUUCAACUCAAUGGUUUAAUACAUUCCGAUCCGAGACCUGUUAAAAUUCCAGACAAUUUAACAUGUGAUAUGAUUUUAUCAGCAAUCGAAUCUAAUACACAGUCAUUAACAAUCUACACACAUACGAUUAAUGAAAAUAUCAAACAGACAUUUGAUCCGUUUUCUGGAAGAACAUGGAGUCAGUUAUAUAAUAAUAUUCGGACAAUAUUGAAUGAACGAUUAUCUAGUGCAACUAUCGGUAUAGAAGGAAAGACCGAAGCCGAAAAUCUCUUAUUGGCCAUGAAUUGUGCAGAAAAAUUAUCGAUUCUAUUCGAAGAACAUUCGCAAAAUCCUAAUGAACAAAUCUUAGGACGCUUAUUGGAAUUCGAGAAGAAUAUGCUCAAAGAUAAAGACAAUGAAAAAAAGAUGAAAAAACGUUUACUCAGUUAUGCAUCAGUAUUAGUGAUGAAUCAAGAUGAGGCACAAAAGCUAUCGAAUAAAGAAAAGCAACAAGUAAAACUGAUGAUGGAUAAAGUCAGUCAUACCUUUAAAACUCUAGAAGAAACCAAUAAUCCCGUACAAGCAUUUAGGAAUCUUCUAACGUACAUGACUAAUGAAACAAAUCGAAAUUCAAUCGAAUUUCUUGAUCAAAUAUUACAGUUAGAAUCGGAUGAAAAGCCGGUAAAUGAGAAAAUUGUUGUGCAAAAAAUGUACGCAUCUAAUUUGCCAUUAAACGAUACUCAAUUAGUCACACAAGCUAUCACUGCAUCAGACGCUACGCUUACAGCUAGUUCCGUGUUUGACUUUAUUCAAACGCAGUUAGAUGUUACUAAUGAAUCGAAGAAUGUUGUAGAAUUCAUGAAAUUAAGUGAAAAAAUGUCCCAUGACGAUUAUCAACCAUUAGCCAACGAUCUAUUAACGUUACCAUGUGUUCUCGCUUCGUUAUCUUCUGAUUUAAAUCCAGCCGAACAAGAAACACUUCAUGGUUUGCAGCGUCUUAUUUCACACUUGGAAUUAAACGAACAGGCGACAGUAAUCGUGAUUGGUCAAAGUUGA